CAUCAAUCGCCCUCAUAUCUCGCGAUGGAUCUCAUAGUCGAUUCUUUACUUCGAUUCCUUGAUGGCACGGCUGGCAAUGAAAAGCAUGCCGCUGAGCUACGUGAUAAGGCAUCGUACAUUCUAGCUUCUUUUCGUGUCCACAAAAACGUCGGUAGACUCAUGGCGCAGGUUACUGCGUUGACAAAGGGCGAAAAGCUGAUCUACCCUUCUCAUCGAGCUUAUGGUCCAAUCGAAUCUAAGAAGACACCUGUAUAUCGUCACGGCAAAUUCCUGCAAGCCAUAAUGGCCGACUAUCGCGUUAAGCCAUCUAUUGCCGACAUUAAAGGCCAUCCCAUCCAGCUCAUCAGCAUCCUUGAACCUGACAUUGAAAAACUGCUUCAAGGGGAAGACUUGUUCGGCCUUCAUUAUGCCCUCAUUCGCACUGAGAAGAAAGCAAAUGAAGAUCUUGCUAUAUUGGCUAAAAAAUAUGGGUACCACUAUAUAUUUAGAAUUGGUCUCACGGAGUAUUACACAACGAAAACUGUCGUUGAAAACAUUAAUUUUCUUAGACCGGAUUACCGUGGUGACGCUUAUCGAAUCUAUGCUCAAACCUGCUUCUAUGAUGCAAUAGAGAAACGUUCCAAUUUGAAUGUCACUGAGAAGGAACUUAUUAUACGCUCUGUGAACUGCCAGCCACAUGAUGCGCAUAGAUUCUGGGACUGGUUGGAGCGCCACCGUGUCGCCUAUAACGCAAUGCGGGCUUGCAUUGCCUUGUUGAGCGAACUUGAAGAGCCAGCCUUUAGAUUCUAG